AUGAACACAGAAUCAAGUUAUCGAGCGGAACAAGUUACGACAAAACCAGCAACAAAAAAAGAAAAAUAUUUUAAAUUAACAUUUCAUGAGUUAUUAACUAUUUUGUGUGCAGCUACUGUUCCCAUAGCUAUUGGCAUUUAUACAACAAUAACGACUGAUCGACAAAGACAAGCAGCUGAAGAACGACGUCAAUUUGAUUUGAAACAAGCAACUGAAUUGCAACAACAACAAAUUCAUAAUGAUUUUAUUGAUAAUAUUUAUACAUUACAUAGAGAUGGUAAAUUAAAUGAAAUAUCCAAACCAUGGGCAUUUGCUAAAGCAUGUUACAGAGCUGCGCAUCGUCAAUGGGAUCCUGUUCGGAAAGCACAUGUAUUACAAUUUCUCAAAGAAAGGGUUGAUUGGGAGACAACAAUGCACAACAGGCUGCGAAGUUAA